GUAUUUAGCAUUUUUUCUUCACGUGGCACGUAUCUUUCUGGUAGUUAAUUCUCUUUGGCUGCCUGCUGUUUAGGAAGUGCCAAUUCAAAAAUGGGAAACUUUCUGAAGUACUGUAGUUUUAUUUCAUUAUUAGUCCUUUUAUAUUCAUUGUACGUGAGAAGAGAGGCGGGCGAUGAAUUAAAAACCAGGUUAAAUUCAGUGCUUGAAGGAUUGGUGAAGGCUGAAAAGCAGUUUUCCUUAAACCAGCACCCAAAAGUAGCGUUAGGUUACGGUGCAUGUCAGGACGUGUUUGUUGAUGCUAGACAUUUGUUGACAUAUGAUAGCAUUGCAGAAAAACCUGAACAUUUCAGUGAUAUCAGAUCAAGAGAUGAACUUCUGAGAUCCUACGCGUAUUUCUUCAGGCAUGGUGCAGCUGCGGAGCGAUUUGUUUCAAAUGCGUCACUGUUUGAGGAGUUGGUGCAGGCAGCCUCAGCUCUGGAGAGCACACGCUAUGCCCUGGGAGGCAAUGCGCCUGUCAUGGCCUCUAGAUUCUACUAUGAAGGUUGUGAAGUUGUCCUGGCAGCACGCAUGUCUGUAUCUCUCAUGCGUAGUCUGCCUGAAGAUGUAAAAGUUUAUGGAGGGGAAAUAUCGAGAGAUGAUGUCCAUUUGAUUCUGGAGUACAAAGCAGGAGAGGUGUGGGGAAAGUACUCUUCACCUAGAGCAAACAGGUUUAUUGUCCACAAUGAUGUGACAAAUCCAACAUUGAGCUCAAUGGAAGGCUUUGAUGAAGUUCUGGACAGCUUUGAGCCAGAUCUGCUUGUAAUUAGUGGUUUACAAAUGAUGGACAAUUAUCCUUUUGAAUUUGGGGAACGAAUGCAGUUGCUGGCCAGAGUGCGGGAGCAGAUGCGCAGCCGUCCCGCUUCCACAAAAGUGCACUUUGAGAUGGCGUCUUUCAGUGAGCCUAAGAUGCUGCAUGAUCUCGCCAUGUACAUUAUUCCAUUUGCAGAUUCUCUUGGUAUGAAUGAACAGGAACUGACGAACCUGCAGCACAUCCUCCAGUUCGGUAACAUCAGUCUGGUGUCAGACUCUAACCCUCGAGUAGCGACAGUCCUCGACCAGAUGCGUCACGUGUUCAGGUUAGUACUGAGCAAGAGUAAGGGCUUCCGUGGCAACCGCCCGCUUACUCGCUUGCACGUCCAUACGUUAGCUUAUCAGGCAGUGAUGACUGUGAAGGGCUCGCCAUGGCGCAACACGAUGGCAGCAGCCGCCAAGGCGUCACUGACGGCUCACCGUCACGUCUGUGCCUCCGAAGAGGUGGACAUAGGUAAAGCUAUGCUGAUAAUGGACGAGAGCUUCUCGACGUCUGUGGCCCCGGGCAGUCGGCGCGUCCCUCUGGACGUGGAGAAACCUGUGUCCUGUUGGGAGGAGCUGUUGGGGGAGGAUGAUGUCAGCCGGGAUGAUCUGCCAGUGCCUCCCGUCCCUGUCGAGAUUUGCGUUGCGCCCGUCCUGGUCUGUACCCGUGCCCACCAGACUGCUGGAGGCGGUGACAACAUCUCGUCGGCUGGUCUCGUCCUCCAGAUUUGACAUGCCUGGGGAAGUUGUUGUACGCGUUCGGAGGUUAAAGUUCCCUUUUUUGUUACCAUGUAAUACACGCUGUAGAAGCUGCCGAGAUGAAAUGAUUGGUUGUAAAUAAAUGUCACUUUCUGUAGUUCAGAACUAAGACUAAUGCCCUUAGCAAAAGUUUUCUGUUCUGCUCUUCACAAAUUUGAAUUUCUCCUUGCUGUGUUGUAUUCCUGUACACUCACGCUUUAGGUCAACAAAAGGAUUGCAAAUUAAUAAAUUAAGAGACGUAACUGCUGACCAGUACUUACCUACAGCGAGAGGAAUGUAUAGAACUACCAAUACAUGACCAUGAAAGUAAAAUCACUAUUUUUAGUUUUUGGAACUCUUACUCCCUUUCUCAGUAAGGGGAGAGGGAUAUGUUCGGCAAGACUGAGAAACGAAGGGUAGGUCGCUCAGGGCGAGAGGGGCCCACCUGCGUUGAGGAGGAGGGUGAUAUACGUCCACCAACCUCUCUCUUUCUCCUUCAUGAGGAAGGAACUUGUAGUUACAGAAACUGAGACUGAAUCAUCAGUUUUGCUUUCAUAUGCACACAUCAGCAGGAUUAAACGCUUCCCCUAAUCGAGGUAUAUACUACCCAGCAAUUCUGGCUCAUAAUUUAUCAGUGUUCUCAGCUGAAUUUUCCUUUUGUAUGAAAUAUUGUACAUCAAAAGUUAAGAGAGACAGUAGUAACACUGAUUUACUUGGAGAUGUUUGCUCUCUUUGUUAAGGGGAGAGAUGCACUGUGUAGUACAUUUCUAAUUUUCCAGUUCUGAUGUGUUUUGGGACAACUAUGAGAGAUAUUUCUGAACUUACAAAAAAGACUGAUUACUAUUAUUUUUAUGGAGUACAUUAACACAUACUUGUCAUUUAAUAUCUUUGGUGCGUGUGUGUGUGAGAGAGAGAGAGAGAGAGAGAGAGAGAGAGAGAGAGAGAGAGAGAGAGAGAGACUGCCAGUAACAUGUAACCCAUUUCCCACAAAAUUUCAUUCCAGUGUUAAGACAUGAAGUUGGUUUCUUUUGUGGUUAAUUGCUGGUAAUGGUAUGCUGUGUUACGUGUCCCAUCAACACAUUAGUGAUUUUUCUACUGUUUCUCCCUUUGACUGUACUCAGUACAAUAGUCGUGGGUCAAGUUAUUUUUUUUGUUACGUGUAACUUGAAGUUAAUAAGGUGAUGACUGUGUGAACACAUUCUGGUUCCCAAGCCAUUGAAAUAAUUAUGAUGACUCUGUAACAUUACAGGAUGGCUAGAUGUCAGGGAAUUUGUCCCAGACUUUUUGCACCAUAUUUAUACUCAGUUGUGUGUCUCUGUUGCAGACUUUUAUGAAGCUUUGAGUUGUUGUAACUACAGCUAAUCAUUUCAUCUUGUGUGUGCUUGAUUUAAAAAACAAAUGGUUUAAGACUAGUACAUGGUAUUUUUAAAUUUUUGAAUUGUUUUCUGUUGUCUUUACUUCUAACGGAUCCUCCACAACUUACCAUUCCAGUGUAAGGGAAUAAGUUUCACAUUCCUUGUUAUAUUUAGUGCAGCAAGCAAUGAGAGAUUUUAAUUUAAUGUUAAUAUGUUAUUUAUUUAGUCCCUUUCACAUAAUAUUUUUAUUUAGCAAUUAUAUAGCGAAUGCAAGUAAUACUACUUCAAUAUCUUGAAAUGUCAAUUCAGCUCCCUCUUUGAAAUAUGUAUUUUUUUCCAGUAUCUUAUCUGAAAGUCCCUGUGGAUUACUCAGGUUAAUGGGAAAUGGUUGGCUUCUGGUCUUUCAGGUCAACGAAUGCUUUCUUAAUUUUUAAAAUACUACGUAUUUGGUGUGAUAAUGAUGAUGAUACUGUUUCAUCAGUAAGACAGAGUACUUUACAUAAACAUGUAUUGUUGCAUAUUUGCUGCAAAACUAAUCAAUAGUCAGUUUGUGUCUAUGCAUUUACUGUAGCUCCACAGUGUGUAUGGUAGGAAAAGAUGUAUGUCUUAUAAUGUCUUUAAAAAAAAUUUAAAGUAAAUGCCUCCAAAAUAUAUCUAAGGUUGAUAUAAGGUACUCUUUGAGAAUGUUGGUUGAAAAAAGUUAAAUAAGAUUUGGAACCAUUUUUGCUGCCUACUGGAUUUUUAAUAGGAAAUCAGAUAAUUUGUUAACAAAAAGAUGCACCUACUAAAAAAAUACAUAUUUUGCUAUGAUGCAGAAUGUAGAAAUCACUGACAGAGUAGUGGUUGAAUAGUUUUUCCUGUGUCUCACACUAAACUCUGAUCAGAUAUCAGUAAGUUCACUUUGAUACUUGUGAUAGAAUCACUUAAACACCAUCCUCUUCAUAAACACUACACCACAAAGCACAGCAGUGGUGAAACCAUUAAAGGCAGAGAAAUCAUGUUUAAUGGAAAGGUAAUUGUGAUGCAUAUUCUGUGUAACCAGAUUGCACUACAGGCUUAUGAAAAAAAAUGUGGAAGUGGAAUAAUUCAGUAAUGUUACAUGUCUGUGCUAGAGGAAAGACUUGCCACAUAACUGACUAGAUGCAUUACCACCUAUACUUGUUUCGUAGAAGCAUACCAGUUUCAGUCCAUUUUCUGUGGUGAUGUGGCACCUCAAAUAUCUUACCCAUCGAAAACAUUUAAGGUCUCAGUCAUCAGCAUCAUCAUCAUACCCAUGCCCAAGAAAAAAGGGAGAUGGGUAACAAAAAAGUGCGGUCUUUUGUUCUCACAAAUGGAGAGCUGUAUCCACUAAAUAUGUAGCAUCCAAUAAAUGUUGAUUUGACAUUUUUCUUGAAUAAUUCUCCUCGCAUGCUUUCAUUUUGGCAGUGUGCUUCCUCUUCUGUUUUGCCAACUGAAAGUUUAUGUUUAAAUUUGGUAAUUAGUUUGAUGGUUCUUUUCCUUGUCUACUUAAACCUCAGAAUUUUGUAUAAGUAUUCUGAUGACACACUCUCCCACAUUCUCUGAUUUUCCUGCUCUCUUCAUAAAAUCUUAGAUGUUAGGUGAUAUGCCAGCUUCACAACUACCUCGUUACUUCCAGAAUUGUUACUCACACAUAAUCAUUACUAUACUUUUUAUAGCUAGAACACAGAAAUAACUCAGAGCUGUGAAGUUCUCAUAGAUAUGGGAUUUUUCAGUAUUGUUCACUGAUCACAGAGAUUGCUGAGUAGUAGCACAUUCAUCUAUGUUGCCAAAGGAAUGCCUGUUGUAGGAACAUUGUUUAUCAUUCUUUGGGUUAGAUCCUAAAAUUUCAUUCCCUUUGCAUUGUGUCUAUCCUCCACUAGUUUAGGCAAUUUUGAUAGAUAUUGUCUCCUCUUCUGCUAGCUUUGUCAUUUCAGUCUCUUUCCCAUAGUAAUUGUGAUAAACAGUGACGUCUGAAACAGUGACGUCUGUCUGUGAUGAUAUUUUGUGUGAUGGAUUUCCUUGCUUGCAUUGCAAGGUAAGAAGAUGCACUGCUAUCAAGUUGCCAUAUGGCUGUAUCUGGUCCUGUGGCCUUAUAAUGUCUUGCUGUAAUAGAGACCAAAUUGGGUUUGUUGUUUCAUUCAUGGUUCAAAAUGAAGUACACAGUCUCAAAGUUAAAUGAAUAGUGUCACAUCCGCACUAAAUGAUUAUAUGACAUGAUACCAUACACACCUAGUGAGAAGGUAUGGCAACUGUACACAAGAGCUGAGGGUGUAUGUUUUUGCACUUGGUGAACAAAGCCCAUUUAUGUACUAAAGGUAUUUCCCAUUGACAGAAAUCUAAAUAGAUAAACCACCCUUUUGCAUGAGAGAAGUUUUAACAAUCUGCAUACUGAAGAAAUACCACAGACAAAUUUUAAGCAAUGUAAAAUACGCAGUACUUGUAUCAAAGUGAAAAAUAUUCAGUUGAGAUUGCAGUUUAGUCUUACGACUGUGUCAUCAUUGUUAUUUUUGGGCAGAUGCCACUAGCAGUUGCAGUUUUUAAAGCUACAUCCGGUUGUCACAACACAUCUGACAAAUCACCACUGAGCAGUGAACAUGAUGAUGUACGUACAUUCCUACCAGAUGUUAAAAUGUCACCUUGUCGUUUCUUGGUGCAAUGUCUUACUUACUGACUAUACUAAUUGAGCUCUGUGUGCAGUCUUGAAUUCUGGACUUGACAAUAAUUUUGAAGUAAGUCUUGUGUGCUUCGUCGAACUCAGUAGUUCGUACAGACUACUGUCAUUUUUGGCUUUUGAGUCCUCCCAUCCUACUCUUCAGCUUCACUUGCUUAGUCCACAUUGCUGUCACUGGUAAUGAUUUGUCACAAUUUUUUAAUUACUAAUGAUACCUAGCAUCUCUGUGAGACUUAGGACUUCCUUUGUGGAAUUCCUCAUUUUUUGGAGCUUUACAGUACUGCAGAUUCCAGAAUGUGAAAUCUAGCAUUAUAAUGUUACUGGGAUAUUCUUAAGGCAUCAGAUUAGUGAUGUGUACUGUGUGCUUUGUGGAAGAUUGUAACUGCUCUUGUAUCAACUUAUAAACUACAUUUUUCUCAUUGGCAUUCACCUAGCACUUAUUUUAUCAAUUGCUGUGGGGUGACUGACCUACAUGUUGUGUCCUUUAUAUUUGUAUACAAUUUACUCACCAUUUUGAACAGAAAAAGUAAUAUAUCUUCAGUACAGCACUAAUUCUGCAAUUUACUUUGUUACAUGGCAGAGAAGUAUGCUGAGCAUCUAUAUUUGAAAAUAAAGGGCCUAAUAACAUAACUACAUUCCAAACAAAACAUUCAGAUGUAUGUUUUGUUUCAGCAUAAUUUUUAAGAUUAACAGCCUAAAUAAAGACUGAGAUAUCCAUACUGGCUUUUUGCCAUUUUUAUUUGCUAGCUUUCUGAAGGCCUUAAUCAGUAGUGAAGAAAUGAGAUGGUAGCAUGAAUGUUUUCUUACAGAAAGUCUUACAAAUGUGUAGACUCUCUUAUGAUCUGGUUUAUUUUAUUCUCCUCCAUGUUUUUAUCAGUGGGUAUUAUUUCAUAAAACAAGCCACAGGUAUAGACCACAAGUGGAUGCUUGAGUAAAGGAAUGGGCCAUGUCUGUGUUAGGACAUAAAAAAACAUGUAUGUACUUUAUUUUAUUAUUAAAAUACCUGAAUAGCUUACAUGAGUACAUUGUUUUAUUAUGUUUGAUAGAAUAAAUUAACACUAGAAAAAUUAUUGUUAUGGUGAAAUUGCACUUCCAGUGGCUGCUUUGGCCAAGGAAAGUCCUCACUCUUGUUGUAGAGCAGCUGGGUUUUUGAGAAAAACAGGGCCUUGUCCACAUCAUUCAUUUUCAUUGUAAGAAUUUUUAAAGGAAGUACACAAUAUGGACAGCACAACCAAAAAUUUACAAAAACCAAGGCAUAUCCCUUCCUUACCAGCACUACGGGUGCUGAUUUACUUUUCUUCGUCUUCAGCAAUGUAUAUCUUACUUUCUUCAUUACCUCCAUUCUCUGACAUGCAGUUCAGACAGAAGGCACGAUACAUAAGGAAGAAGUUUCCUGGGGUGUUUCAGUUUUGCCAAGGCUCUGUCUCACUGCCUCUGCCUUCCACACAUGCACUCAAGAGUAUCGACAGAUAUGCUAAAAUCAUUAUUAAAACAUUGUCUGUUGGCCUAUUCCUUAGGUUGCAGUGUUCUUUUUAUUAAGGACCCUAGAUACAGAUGAUUUCAAUAUUAAUCAGAAUAUACAGGUAUUACCCUUGUCCCUUGUAUCCCACUACACUCAAACCGAGCGAGGUAGUGCAGUGGUUAGCACACUGGACUUGCAUUCGGAAGGACGAUGGUUCAAACCUGCAUCCAGCCAUACUGAUUAGAUUUUCUGUGAUUUUCCUAAAUUGCAUCAGGCAAAUGGAUGACUCCUUUGAAAAGGCGUUGCUGACUUACUUCCCCAUCCUUUCCUAAUCUGAAAUUGUCAUGCUUUAAUUGGAAUAUACCAAACAUCUAACAAACUGCUGUGUUCUGAUCACUUUUCUUUGUCACUUGAAUUACUAUAAAUGUUGAACUCCAAAUACAAUCUGUCACUUUCAACACUAUUUACUUGGCCCAUUAUAUCACUGAACGAAGGAGUAUCACUUCUUGGAAGAGCACAUAUAUUUCAACAGGUGUUCACGAAAUAUACACCCUAGGAUGUAAACUAUUUUUUCCCUGACACGUGUUUGUCCAUGCAAUGAGAAGUGGCGCCUAGUUGAAAAACUGCAAAAUUGGACGUGGUGCACUAUUUUACUCAAGCGGUGAAGUGUCAUAAAUUUUUAUGGUAUCAUGAGGGUGUCAGAAGUAAUAGUUCCUUGUACAUGGUUAGCUGACUCCAUGUAAAUUUUAUUUGACUGAGUUUUUAGUAUCCUGUGAAUUUAUUCUGAGCUUUUGUUGUCAGUCAUUGAUGUUACCAAUUGUUAGCCUGAUGGUCACUUUAUGAUGAAUUUCUUUGUUAGAAAAUAUAAAUGAAAUAUAAAACUGCUCAUACCAAACUUCUAUUCUGUGCAUAUUGCAAAGGAACAGUGCUGUGCUCAUCGUAAGCUGCCUUAAAGCAAGUGUGGACCAUGUUUUCUUGUAAGUGUUUCACUUUUAAGUUUUGUACUUACUUUUACAGUUUUUACCUUACCAUUGUUUGGAGAAAUGUUUUGACACUUUUUGGUGCAGAGAGACUUCACUGUGAAUGGUUAAUAAUUUAAAGAGAACAUUGAUUGAAACACUGAUAGUUUUCUUUAGAUUUUUACAUGGUUUUAUGCAAACUUCAUAUGUGCCAGAUAUUUUACAGAUAUAUAUGUUGUUAAAUGUUAUAUAAACACUGUUAAAUGUGUACAAAAUUAAACAAAAUAAAUGAGCAUUAA